AUGGCAUGGGGGGGAUCAUCACCAAUGAGGCCAUCAAGGUCACGACUGCUGUGCCUGUAUGGUACCGAUUUCCAGAGGCAGAAGCUCAGAUUUUCAGCUGGCCGGCGCCGAAGCAUGAAGCCCCCGCCCGAACCAGCGCCUUCUCAGAAUGACCUUUUUCAAGUGGUCUUCGAAGUGCUCGGAAAAUCAUGGCUACAGGAGAUGGUGGGUUGCAGCAGAGUGCCUCAUGCCCUGUCAAAAGACAUCUUCCGUGUUCUCGUUCUGCCUGACGAGCCCAAGCCGCGUUUCUGCCUGAAUUGCAGAGUCCAUGAAAAGCUGCACAGAGCUCUGCGCCACCUACAGAUCACGCGCCUGGAGACAGAGAGAAAGACCGAGGCCCUUGAAGAACAGUAUGCAUCCGUCCGGAAGCACGUCACCACGGUGCAACGCACAACCUGUGGAGAGCUGGAUGCAAAAAAGCACAGAGCUAACCUAAACCCUAAACCCUAA